AUGAACCUAGCGCUCGCUGAACAAAACACCUCGCUGCAAGUUGGCGAAGGUUUGAACAGCCUUGAAAAUGGGUCUACCCCAGCUGACAAGCCUUACUCCAUCCGCAUUAUUCCAGCAAUUCCAGAGCCGCCCUCAAAGGAAGCCCGGAAUCGGCGCUGGUCAACCCCAGCAGCGUUCUUAAGCCUUUUAGCAACAAUUUUAUCUAUCUCACGUAUAUUCGGGUGCCUGCUAGAGCUGGGUUACUCCCCAGCCGUAGGCAUGGGCAUACAUGGACGCAUGUUGUCUUUGGCGGAUAGCAGCGCAUUCAGGAGGUGCAUGGAAGGCGGCAGCUCGAGGGCCGCUACACCCAUCUCGCCACUGCCUCCAGUAUCUCCAGUCCCGGGCGUCAGCAGUUUCAGGCUACUUCCACGUGGACAAACCAACCAUAGUGAUCUCGAUAACGAGGAUAUCCUUGCAAAACAAACUGUGAAAGCAGAGGAGCAGCAUGUUACGAUGAAGCAAUCUGUGGCACAGGGGGUGCAGCAGGUAAAGCAAACUGUGGAAAGAGGGGGCCAGCAUGCCACGUCAAAAAAAGCUGUAAAGGGAGGAGAUGAGCGUCCCGCCCGCAAUGAGAAGCCAGAUCUGUUUUAUCUCAUCGAUCCACUAGCACCUAUUGCAGAGGAGGCAGAAUUACGACGUCUUAAGGAGGCGCUACUGUUGCCCGCUUCAGAUGCCGUAAAUCUAACAAAGGAGGACAUGAAGGUUUUAAAGAAAGCAAGUGAAAAGCUCACGUGGAUGAUGAAAAAAAGGUCUCAGCUUGCCGUUGCCUUGCGCAAAAAGUUGGAAGAACGAGAGCGUUUAACUGCCCACAUGGUACGCAUGAGCCUCAACAGGGAACCGUUACGCCGUGGGUUUGGCUGUCUAAAGCGAGAGCCAUCUCUCUUCGUCUAG